AUGGACAUCACUACAGCACGGGCGAUAUCCAUGCUCACAUUGGGCUUAGGAGCAUUCUUCUCUGGAAUGCUACCAGCAUGUUUCUCAGAGGCAGCAAGACAGAGGCACCCACUCCUGCUAUCCUGUCUUCUCUGCUUUGGGGGAGGAGUCCUCUUAUCGACCUCCUUAGUCCACAUGCUCCCAGAAACAAGAGAACGGUUACCACAAUACUCCGAACUGACACUAUGUAUCGGUUUCUUUACCGUAUACUUGGUGGAUGAACUGUCCCAUCUUUUCUAUAGAAGUGGGAAUCAUGAGAGGCAUAAUCCUGUUGGUGAACAGACAAGGUUGUUGCCAAGAGACCAUGAUGGAGAGAUGAGGGAGAGAGAAGGAACUUCAGAGCUGUGUCAUGUGAGCCAUGCUGAGCCUUGUAAUAGGAAUUCCUCGAGUAUCGUGGGUUUGCUGUCUGCGUUGUUCGUCCACAGUGUGCUUGAAGGACUGGCUAUUGGACUCCAGGAAAGUGCUACACAGGUGCUUCUUUUACUGGCAGCAGUGAGCUCCCACAAGUUCGUGGUCGGCUUCUGUUUGGGUGCAGAACUGUGUGAGAAUUUCCCGAAUCGGGCGUGUGCACAUAUCCUGUGCAUCGCACUCUUCAGUGCGGGAUCUGUAGCUGGAAUCGGGAUAGGUGCGGGAUUGGAAACUGUCAACUCAUUGAAGGAAUCCAUUGCAGUGCCGGUUAUGCAGGGUUUGGCAGCUGGUACGCUACUGUACGUCACAGUAAGUGAAGUUCUUCCCCGCGAGAGGGCGCGCUGGCAUGAGCGCAAGAGGAGCGCAGGAUUAUUACAGUUCCUUUCGGUUGGACUUGGUUUUGGUUUGAUGUAUUUAACAACAGUAUAUUUAGAUCACGAUGCUGAAUAA